AUCAGGUCUAGCAAUAGCAGAAAAAUGGACGCGCAUAAGAUCCAAAUUAGGUGUUAAAGAACCAAAUGCAAAAAAGAAGAUCAAAUUAGAAAAUGGUGAAGAAGUCAGAGUAACGAAUUCCAAAAAUGGUCAAAUUAAAAAUAGUGUUUCGGAUAGGAAGUUCCAUACCCCAUCAAAAAAAGAUGAGAUGUCUUUAAUUGCUUCCAAUCAAUACUUUUCAGGGUCAACAAUUUCCUCGCCAAGUGACUCUGAGCAAGAGUCAAGCUAUCAGAGGAAAACACCAACCCCUGUAAAACAAGUAUCUAUGCGUACUAAAACUAAAAAUAGUUGGACUAUAGAAGAAGAAGAUCGACUUGUGGAAGCCGUUAACAUUCAUGGCACUAAUUGGAAAUAUAUAUCGGAAAACUUUUUUAACUCUCAAAGAAAACCAAACACUUGUUCUAACAGAUACCGACAGAUUCACAGCCGAUAUGAUAGUCCUAAAAUAUCUCCAUGUGAAAGAGCAAAGGGUAUAAGAAGUCAAAAUGUAGUCCAAUCACCUGUUGAACAAAAGCAUGACGAGACAGAAGAUACAUUGACAGGAUCAAGUAUAUCAACAAUUAGUGAAUUUUCACCCAGCUGGGAUCAGGAAAUGUCUUUUUCAUUAUCACUCAGCCAAGAUCAAGAAAUAUCUUUGUCUAUGGUGAAUGAAAUAAAUUCUUGGGCUGAUAUGGAAGAUGAAGUUCUUCAAACUGCCGUAUUAUUGUAUGGUGACAAAGAUUGGGAUAAAAUAAAAAACAUUCUACCACACAGAAAACAAGUAGAGCUUGCUUCUCGUUGGAUAAUGUUAAAAGAAAAGUAUCGGCUUAUGUUACCUUCAGACUUGCAUUCUGAGCCUAUAAUAACCGUUCCAUUUACUGAAGAAGAGGAAGACCUUUUAUCUCUUGGUGUUGCAUUUGAAGGAUUUAAAAAUUGGCAUAAAAUUGCUCAAGAAUUACCUAGACGCAGUCUUUCUGACAUGAUUAUUCAAUGGAAUAUAUUGACACAAAGGAAACGCAACAGAGAAACAUACAAAAAAAUGCAAGAUGUACAUAAGCCGAUAGAAGAGUCUCAACCUUCACGAGCAGAAGACAGUAAAACCUAUGAUAAUGCAGAUCCCUGGGGUAUAAAUGUCGACAAGAUUGAUUAUUCCAAAGUUCUUAGUCCAGUUGGGGAAUGGGAUAAAUAUAUGAAGCGUGUCGCAGAGCUGCAUCCAAAUGAUGCGAUGAAUAUUAACCAAUGGUUUUCUAUCUGA